UUUAUUUAUAAGCCCCAAAUUUCGCUUUCUCUGCUUCUUCUCCUCUUUCUGUACAGAAACCAGUAAGCGAAAGCUAGCAACCAUGGAUUUCACUCCUCUAACAGACACAUUGUCCUCAAAAUACUAUGAUAAAAUUUCUGAUAUCUGCGACGAACUCAUGCUCAAGUUCGCAGCAGAGGGGAUUCCUUUUCAGGACGAAUGGCCCUAUGCUAUUCAUCUUCUGGGUCAUAUUUAUGUUAAUGAUAUUAACAGUGCUCGAUUUCUCUGGAAAUCAAUACCCUCAGCUGUCAAAGAAAACCAACCGGAAGUGGUAGCAGCUUGGAGAAUUGGUCAGAAAUUAUGGACACGUGACUAUGCAGGUGUGCAUGAGGCUAUUCGUGGUUUUGAUUGGAGUCAAGAAACUCGUGUUCUUGUUGCUGCAUUCUCAGAGCUUUACACCAAGAGGAUGUUUCAGCUGUUGCUGUCUGCUUAUUCAACAAUAAGCAUCCAAGACACAGCUCACUUUCUUGGAAUGAACGAGGAUGAUGCUGCAAACUAUGUAACGCAGCAAGGUUGGAUUGUUGAUCCUGCAUCAGGGAUGCUAACUGUGAAGAAGCAGCUGAUUGUGACAGAGCAGAAACUGGAUUCCAGUAAACUACAGCGCUUGACAGAAUAUGUAUUCCACCUUGAGCAUUAGACAUGCAUUACAACUUCUAAAAACUUUUACUGAAUGCCCGAGUUAUGUAGAUUGCUUGAGCAAAUGAGUAAAUGCCUUGAACAUGUUAAGAACAUGGAUGUGCAGCUAGCAAAGGAUCUUAAGAUUCAGUUUUUUUUCCAUCUAGUUGGGUACUUCUGCUAGAGCUGUCAUUUACUUUUUAUGGCUGAAAAUUGAUGGAUGAAAUCCACGAAGGGAGUGUUUGGUUGCCAGAA